AUGCAUGGGGGCCUUCGAAACAAAUGGACCACGUUCUAUGUCAAUCACAGUGCCUUCAGCAGCCUUGCAUUGACUUGUGACUCUUCCCAUGAUCACCAACCUUGGGGAGUUACAGGCACACAAUCAGGUUGGAAGUUCAAUACAGCAGAUGAGGCUGAGUACCCUGCUCUACUCUGUGAACGUGUUGCAGCAAUCAUUGCCAGUGUGGCCAAAAAGCACAGUGUUGUUUUCAUUCCACGUGAACUCACUCAGCCUCAACACCACCUGGAACCCAAACGUCGAGCUGCUGAAGCGGGCCGCCAACCCAGGGGCAAUUUGCUUCCACAGAUCAUUUCUGAGUUCAAACAAAAGCUGACGCUGGCGGUGCCUGCCUCUUAUGCUCGCGGAGCCCCACGACUGCUGACUGCACAAGAGCAAUCUGCCCUGCAACUGCCGUUUACAUCCAAGAUUUUGUCGAUUAAGAAGGGUGAGACCACGACAAGUGUUAAUGCAGAAGAUACAUGUCUUGCUGAAAUUGGCAUAUAUAGGACCCCUGAUGAGUUUCAACAAGUUGCUGCGGACCUACAACAUCCUUUUGAUGGUGCUUCAACGGUUCCUGAUGAUUUGAAACGUGCACUGUUUUGGCUUUUGACGCAGGGAGUGCAUGUGGUACAACAAGAACGGGUCAAGCUUUUCGAACAUUACAAGAUGGCUGCUGAUAAUCUCGCUGAAGAUGAAGCAGCCUUGCACUCUUUGAUUGAUGCCGACCGUGAAGCCCUUAUCCGUGACAAGAAAAUCCUUCUCUUUCAACUGAUGUGUCGCGAUGCUGGAGUGGAUGAUGAAGGAUUGGGUGAUUUGAUCGCCAGUGGAGUUAAGUUGACUGGACAAGGUGAAUACUCUCGGCAAUUCGAGGAAGAACUGAAACCGCCGGCCAUUUCCAAUGUUGAUCUCAUGAGGUCGUCGAAGUGGACUCGUAGAAAGAUAUUGGGGCGCAGCAACCUCCAUGUUCCGGAUAACGUGCGUGAACAAGUCUGGCAAGGAGCACUGGAUGAGGCACAGAAGGGGUGGCUCACUGGUCCCCUCACAGAGCUGGAGCUUCGUGAACAGUUGGGACCCAUGUUUGUCGUCACAGCUGAAGCCCUUUUCGAUUUGCUGGGCUGGCGUGUGUCUAUGAAAGAGAGUAAACGAGUUCCCAUGCCUGACACCUUUGAAGCCCUGGGUGUCACUUUUGAUUUCACUGCCUCUGAAGAUGGUGUGGUGAUGGUGCGCAACAAGCCCUCUAGGAUUUUGCAAAUUUGCUCGGAACUUGAUCGAAUCUUACAUUCUGGUUGCCUAUCAAUUUCGGAGGCUACAUCGCUGCGAGGUAAGCUUCAGUUUGCAGAGACCCACACAUUUGGCCGUGUGCUGGCAUCGCAUUUGCAGAUGUUCCACAAGCGUGCCUCGGGACAAUUGAGCGACAGUGUUAUUUCAGAGACGAUGAGGCAUGAACUUCUCUGGAUACGUGAUUUCAUGACUGAAGAUAUACCCCGCAAACUGCUGAGUGGUAUGGCUGACUAUAAGCUGUGUAUAUUUACAGAUGCUUCACUCGAAGGUUCGGAUUCUCAUGCUGGUGUGGGCAUGGUAGCCUUGUGUGUAUGUGGUGGUCAGAUUCAACAGAAGUUUUUCUUUUCGGAUGUGGUCCCUGCCUGGAUCCUCUCCUUGCUGCAAUGCCGUACUCCCAAGAUCAUCUCUACUUUGGAGCUUCUCUCUGCUGUGAUGGCGAUACAUUUACUCGGAUAA